GGAAAGCUUCGAGGUUUCUUUAUAAACUAAACAAAACAGAAAAAAGAUACGAUACACUGCUGCAGAACCUUUUUCUGUUUGCCACACAAUGUCUUACUCUCUGGUCUUAUCUAUAACACUAGCUGGAGCAACACUGGGCAUUUGGAUUUGGAUCAGAAGGUUGAGGGAUCGAAUCCCAGGAGGACCUAUACCAUGGCCCUUGCUCGGUUCUACUCUCGAACUCACAGCAAAUUUCCACCGCCUGUACGACUGGAUCACAGACUAUGCUAUGCAAAUGCCCACAUUCGAGGUGAGCUACAUGGGUUUCAGACUCUUCUUCACUGUGGAUCCUGCAAAUGUUGAGUAUAUCCUCAAGGUUAACUUUCAUAACUAUGUAAAGGGGAGUGCUGCUCAUGAGAUUCAGUAUGACCUUCUGGGUGAUGGUAUUUUUAACUCGGAUGGGGACAUGUGGAGACUCCAACGCAAAUCUGCUAGCCUGGAGUUUUCCCCCAAGAUGCUCCGGGUUUACAGUACAGCCACCUUCAGGAAAUAUGCGGUGAAAUUAAACUCUGUUUUGGAGCAACAGGCCAUUAAUGGUGCUGUUGUAAAUAUGCAGGAUAUGUUGAUGCGGAUGGCAUUUGAUGCUAUAUGCGAGCUUAGCUUUGGAACUGAAAUUGGUUGUCUAGAUUUAUCUCUUCCAGAUGUCCCAUUUGCUUCAGCUUUUGACAGAUCUAAUGCUGUUUGCGCUUCUCGAUAUUUCGACCCCCUCUGGAAACUGAAGAAGCGCUUUAACAUAGGUGCAGAGGCCAAAGUUAAAGAAGAUGUUAGGGUUUUGGACUAUUUUACCUAUCAUUUGAUACAGAAGCGCAAAAAGUCCAUCCAAGAUAACGAGGUGAGGUCCAAAUCUGAUCUCUUGUCGAGGAUGCUGUCAAUGGCCAAGGAGAAUCCAGAUUUGUAUGAUGAUAGAAAGCUGAGAGAUGCAGUUCUCAAUUUUGUUCUAGCAGGGCGAGAUGGCACCGCUGUCACACUUUCCUGGUUGCUUUCGCUGUUGUCUGAAAAUCCGGGAGUAGAAGACAAAAUAGUGCAAGAAUUACAGGAUAUUCCGGGGUUAAGCAGCAGCACCAUUGAGGGGGAUGAUGUAUGCUGCUUUAAGAAAUUCUCUGAACUGCUGACUUAUGACGUGCUGAAUAAUAAUAUGCAUUAUUUGCACGCUGCAAUUACUGAAACGUUGCGCUUAUAUCCUGCUGUUCCUCUGGAUGGGAAGACCGCUGUGAAUAAUGACAUUCUUCCGGAUGGCACCAUAAUUAAGAAAGGCAAUGUGAUAAACUAUGUACCUUACGCGAUGGGGCGAAUGCAGAGACUUUGGGGAAAUGAUGCCCUAGAAUUCAAGCCUGAGAGAUGGCUUAACGAGGAUGGCAUAUUUCAGCCUCAGUCUCCAUUUAAAUUCACAGCAUUUCAGGCUGGGCCGAGAAUUUGCCUGGGAAAGGAAUCAGCCUAUUUGCAGAUGAAAAUCGCUGCUGCAUUACUUCUGCGUUUCUUCACGUUUGAAAUGGUAAAAUUUAACCGAGCAAAGUACAGGCUGGCUUUAACCUUAGUCAUGCCCUCUUUACCGAUGAUCGUCCACCAGCGGGGAAGAAAAUGUUGAUCGGGAAAACUUAUUGUUCUGUACACAGAUGCUCGAAAAGCUUCUCUUUUGGCAAGGCUGUAACUUAAGCUUAGAAAUCUCUGUAAUAACGAUUAUAGGAUUAGAGAAGAGCAUGAAUAAUCCAGUAAUUUGCUCAAUAUAUUUUCUUUGGAGAUUCAA